CGCCCGCCCAAACCUCCCAACCAUAUAAAAGCCGCACUGAAGUCUUCCACGGCAUAACGCACCACAUCACCGACUUAACAACAAUCCCUAAGCAGCGUUAUUGUGAAAGGAACAAUGAUACGUGUCAGCAGAGUUGUGGCGUUUGCCCUGGUCACGUUAGUUGUCUGCUGCAAUGCCGACCCUCGUCAGGAGCAAGACGAGCACAACGCAGCUGAUCGUUAUGACAAUGAGAUAAGAGAAAGACAGGAAUUGGAAAGAUUUCUACAUUUUAUAUUACAAUCGCAAAUGAGGAACGGAUAUGAACGGAAUCUGGAUGGGAUUGGAGGCGCUUUAUUAGGCCGAAAUCUUGGAAGUGGAAGAAUUACUGAUGGACUUGGUGGCAGUAGCCUGUUGGGAAGAAGCCUAAUGGGUGGAAAAAAUUUGGACAACUUAGGUGGUUCAACUCUACUUGGUAGAAGUAUUAACAAUGAACAUUACGCACGAUUUGUUGACUCUCUUGGUGGGGGAAAUUUCGUCCGUAACCUGGACUCUAUUGGAGGAGGAAAUUUGGUACGAAAUCUGGAUUCUAUCGGUGGGGGUAACCUGGUAAAGAAGAACUUAGAUGCCAUAGGUGGACCCAAUCUAGUUAAACGGCACGUUGACUCUCUUGGCGGAGGUAACUUCGUACGCAACUUAGAUUCUAUCGGUGGGGGAAAUUUUGUCCGUGAACUUGAUUCCAUAGGAGUCCGAGAGGCUCAUCGCAUGCCACAUUUGGGAAGACGCUAUGAAUAUAUAAGUCCACUGGGUAGAAAUCUGGUUCCGCCAUUCGAAUACGCAUACGGCUAUUAUGGUGAUGGUCUGCCGAAACGAAACUUUGAUGAAAUCGACAGAUCAAACUUGAACACAUUUGUCAAGAAGCGAAACUUCGACGAAAUAGACCAGUCGUCCAUGCCCUUCCCAUUCAAGAGAUUCUACCCGUUUAUGGGGCCUAACUACUUGGACAUCCCAGUCUCAAGCCUAGACAAGAAGCGUUACAGACCCGAUUACCCUAUGGACGAAAUUGACUUCUCACAGUUCCCUAUUGGUUCUAAAAGAUCGGAAAAUACCCACUCUCUACGAUAAUAAGUAUGCAGUAAACAUCUCAAAAGGCUCAAUCACAAUGUAUUAAGAAAUUUGUCUCGCUUUCGUCGAAAACUUUGACACGAUAUUAACUUUCC